CAAGGAUGAUGCACAAUUUUCCACUUAACUUUUCAGUUCAUCAGUUGCAUCUUAGGUCCCUGGGGGCCCUAAUCAUUUGAGACCACACUUCCUGGAGAGAUAUUUUAUAUGACCCCCAAAAAAAAAAAAUAGUCUUCAACCUGUUACACUUGAUACAACAAUCAUGGACAAAAGGCUGUAUGAUGCAGCAAUCCGAGGUGAUUCUGCAGUUCUUUCUCAGUUGCUAGAAGAAGACCCGUAUCUUUUCGACCGAACUUAUUUAAAUUGUGAUGAUAUGUUUAAUUUGCUUCACAUUAGUGCAAUGCUUGGCCAUGAAGAUUUCGCACAAGCGAUUCUACAAAUGAAUUAUUCCGCUUCCUCUUAUGAUAUGUGCUUUGCUCGCGAUCGAGACGGCAGAAACCCGGUACAUCUUGCUGCCAUCCACGGUAAAUUGAACUUCUUGGAGUUGAUAAGACAUCAUGAUGGGUUGAUGCAAGCAGCUCUAGAGAAGGCGGAUGGGGGAGGAACCGUUUUACAUUUGUGUGUCAAACACAAUCAGCUGGAGGCUCUGAAGUUACUCUUGCAGAUUUUCAUCGAUGGAAAUUUUGUAGGUGCCAAAAAUGAAGAUGGUAUGAACAUAUUACAUCUGGCUUUAGAGAAUAACCAAAACCAGAGGAGACGGGAAAUCAUAGCUUAUUUGAUAGAAAACACACGCGGAAUCAUCAACCUGAAGAAUGCAAAGGGAAAAACCGCAUUGGAUCUUUAUCGAGCGCAACACCACGCUGAUUAUAGAAUUGAACACGCAUUUUCGAGGUCUAGAGCGAUCCGCAGCGAUCCCUUUCUGGGAAACAUGGUGAACAAUAUAGACAAGAACAAGAGUGCAAUAAUGGUGGUAGCUUCAAUAAUCGCAACCAUGGCAUUUCAGGCGAUGGUGAACCCACCAGGAGGGUUUUGGCAGGACGACUUAUUGGAAGGACCUCGUCCGCAUUUGGCCGGACAAAGUGUGAUAGCACAAACUCAUCCACUGUAUUACAAGAUCCUGAUCAGGACUAAUUCGGCGGCAUUUAUAUCGUCGUUGUCGACGAUUACUCUGCUUCUGGUCAGCGGGCUGGUCAGAAGUCCAAAAACUCAGUACUUUGUUUUGGUGCUUGAGUUUAUCGCAAUUUGGAUGUCGGGGGUUUGCAUUUCUCUGGCUUGUGGUUACACAUAUAUGGUUGUGGUUCCGGAAUCACUGAUAUGGCGACCCAGCUCCAAGGUAGCCUUUAUAUCCAUUCUGCUAUAUUGGAUUCUGCUUCCAUUUGUCUGUAUCGCUGUUUUAUAUAUUUUCGACUUUCUCAUGCGGCGGAGAUCGGCGGAGGCUUACCAAUUGGACUAAAUCAUAUCAGUUUACUUUCCUGGUAUUUUUCCCCAAGUGUUAUAGUAUUAAUCAAUUUAUUUUUUGAGAUAGGCAUCUGUUACUGUCUUAGAGGAAAUUUAAUUGGAGAAGAAAAUAGCAGUAUUAGGAGAGAUUCUAUUCCCGUCUUAUUCAACUUUUUCAUACUGUAUUCCUUCGAAUUUUCAUUACAAGAUAGAGUAAAAAUAAAAACUUCAAAUGGGCAAUUAGUUUUAGAACAAGAU